CAGGCCCCGAUGAACUCGGUCUGAGGUCCUGACCCUGGCCACGCAAUGCAGGGUUCUGGUCACACACAGCCGCUUGCAGGGUAAGGGCCCAACUUACCACAAGACACACCCAGAGAAAGUCAAAAGCAAUCGAGCAGGCGUAGCAAACAAUGUGAGGGAAUGAGGUGAUGGAACAACAGAUAAGGUGACCGAAGGGUGCAUAGCCGAUGAAUGUGCACUGUAGAUGGGUCUGAGUCUUCUUACAAGAUCAAAUAAAUUAUGAGAUGCAAACAAAUGCACAAAAUACUCUGGGCGAUCCCCACUGUCCAUUAAUGAGCCAUUAGCAGUUGUCACCACCAGUGGCUUCGUGACACACAAGUAGGCCUUGAGGAGAAGGAGGCCUGGGGUGGCAGUUGUGAGGGCUAGUUGGGACAGGAACUCUCUGCACCUGGGAAGCAUGGGAGAAGUGGACAGACAGGUCGACAAGGUCGGCAUCGUCGGCAGAGUGGAGGCAGUAGGCUCAGACAAAAAGAAGCGCAGGCUGGACUCACACCUUGCUAAAUUCCGGCACCAGCCACAAGCCUUGGGGGAGCUGAAGGGAAUGAAACUGCUGGCUGCCUGCUUCAUGGACCUGCUGCUCACCUGUCUGGCCCUGCCCAAAGCCGAAUGCCGACUCCACGAGCGAUCCAUGGAAAUCAGGAACCCUGAUAUCGACCCUUCCUGGUACACGGGGCGUGGGAUCAGACCCGUGGGACGGUUUGGCUGGAGGAGAACUGUCGUGGAGAGCUCCCGGAAGUCGGGCUAUGGACACAGGCAAGCUUGCUUCCCUCUAGAAGAAAGCAGUGAAUCCCUUCAAGAUGAAUGAAAUGGCCAAGACAAAGAAUGAAUUUGAAUGAUGAUAAGAAAAGACCCUUCUCCUCUCUCCCUUCCACAUCCCAGCCUCUCUUCUAGGCACAUGAAAAUGUUUGGUCUCAUUUCAAUGUACAGUAUCUUUGGCUAUAAAUGAUAGAAACCAAAGAGCAGUUGAUAACUCCAGUAUUUUUGCAGACAAUUUCCCUCUCGUCUGUUUUUUCUUUUUCUCUCCCCUGUUCCCCAUUUGUCCCCAUCUCUGGCUUUUGCUCUCAAUCUAACAUGAUUUGUGCCAGAAAAUUGCUGGGGGAAAGAAAUACAAAUUCCCAUGUUAAUUAUCUUCCUAGAACAUGGGCUCUUUUAUACAAACCAAAAAAAUAAUAAAAAAAAUUGAG